AAUGAUAUGCAAGCUGCACAGCAUAUAAUGGUUAGCCAUUGUGCUGUCAAUGGUAUUGUCGCAUAUGCUGGCGAGGUUGGGAUGUCGCAGAUUCACGGUGUAGAAAUAUGUGCAAGUGAUGUAUUGGGACUUACGCAGGGAGCCAAAAGCAAUGACACGACUUCGUGAGCGGAAGGUUGGGAUCGGGUAUUUCUCUGGGGUAAAUUCUGCGAAAGAAUGGAUUGGCAAUCGGGCUGAAAGAGUGAAGCCGAUACCUGGAAUGAGCGUGGAUAUCCCGAAGGAAGGAGAGAAGGGAGGAGGAGGAGGUGGUGAGGUUGAACUUUGUCGGUUGGACGAAAGUAAGGAAGGACGACGAGAGACGAGAGGUGAGGCACAGUGCAAUCAAUCGGGCAAAUUGGCUAGAACCAACUCGCUAAGCGCUGGUGGAGAACAAUUGGAGCUUUCUGUAAAUUACCGCUGCGAAAAGCACGUACCUGCAGCAAAUCCAGCCAACCAAAUCUCGAAGGGACCUGGUCGAGUGGAGCCACAGCCGUUGCCGUUAUCCCCAACAGAGGAUGGCGACGAGCUGCCCGGAAAUGAGGUCUGUCUGCUGCUGCCAGGUGAACUGUGAACUGCAGUGGAGACUGGAUGAAUUCUCUGAUAGCCUGCACAAGCGCUGUGGCAGUGACAGGUUUGGCCUGCGCGGCGGCACUGGUGAGCGUUGAGCCAGCGCUUUUCGAGCAGAAGUACCUCCGUACCGCAGUCGGCAGGUUGUGCAACCCUGGUGGAUAAAAAUAUCCAAUCGAUGAUCUCUCCUAUCUGCGCGGUUAGGGUGGGAAGA